GUAAGAGGACCCGACUAUGACCAGACUUAGUAUACUUAUGUUAGCGUUUUGUAUUGCUGUGGCGCAAUGCAAGUGGUCAGAGCGACAUAGUGUGAGGAAAUUUCCGGAAGGUUUCCUCUUUGGAACAGCCACUGCAUCCUAUCAAGUGGAGGGAGCUUGGAAUAUAGAUGGCAAAUCAGAAAAUAUCUGGGAUCAUUUGACACACACAAAACCAUGUGAGAUAUUAGAUUGUUCAAAUGGCGACAUUGCCGACGACUCCUACCACUUGUACAAAAGGGACGUUGAAAUGAUGAGAGAACUAGGUUUGGACUACUAUAGAUUUUCCCUUUCUUGGACUAGAAUACUACCCACCAGCUUCCCCGAUGUUGUCAACCAAGCUGGCAUCGACUAUUAUAAUAAUUUGAUCAACGAACUAUUAAAACACAAUAUUGCACCUAUGAUUACGCUUUACCAUUGGGAUCUGCCUCAGAAGCUGCAAACAUUAGGAGGUUGGGCGAACCCUAAUAUAGUUGAUUGGUUUGCUGAUUUUGCUAGGGUAGCCUUCGAACAUUUCGGAGAUAGAGUGAAGUAUUGGAUCACAAUAAACGAGCCCUACCAGAUAUGUAAUGAUGGAUACGGCGAUGACGGCUUGGCGCCGAUGUUAAACAUGAAAGGUGUAGCAGAGUACAUGUGUUCAAAGAAUUUGUUGAUGGCUCAUGCAACAGCCUAUCAUAUUUAUGAUAAAGAAUAUAGAGACAAAUGGAAUGGCAUCGUUUUUGUAGGAUAUAGUGCUCCCUGGUUUGAGCCUGAAAGUGAAGAACAUGAACAGGCAGCUAAUGAUGCUAAUGAUUUUAUGUGGGCUCAGUACGUGCAUCCUAUAUUCUCUGAAACCGGAGGGUACCCACAAGUUAUGAAAGAAAGGAUUGCUGCUAAAAGCGCUCAGCAGGGCUUUCCUAGGAGUCGGCUCAUUGAUUUUACCCCAGAAGAAAUUGAGUUCGUUAAGGGAAGCGCUGAUGCAUUUGGUCUUAAUCAUUACGUAACACUUAUGGUAUACAGAAAUGAAUCCGUUGAUACUAUGUAUGAUUCACCUUCAUUUCACGAUGAUGCUGGUAUAGAUAUGUACACUUUACCGGAACUGCAGAUUGGAGAGUCCCAAAAAGUAAUGGCCACACCAUGGGGCUUUCACAAACUUCUGACUGCUAUACGAGAAAGAUAUGGAAAUCCACCCAUAUAUAUUACUGAGAAUGGUUUAGGUACCAGUACUGGUCUGGAAGAUGAUCACCGAGUUUAUUAUUACCGGGAAUAUCUGUCAGCUAUGUUAGACGCCAUGGAGGAAGGGUCAGAUGUCAGAGCAUACACAGCCUGGAGUUUGCUGGAUAACUUCGAAUGGAAAUUAGGUUAUAUGAGAAGAUUUGGUCUGUACGAGGUGGAUUACAAUAGUCCAGACCGCACACGCACUCCAAGAAAAUCCGCGUAUGUUUACAAAGAGAUCCUUCGUACGCGCAGUUUGGACCAUCACUAUGAACCCGACAUGUCGGCCCCACUUUCUAUUGACGAGGGUCAUUACCGUAGUAUACUCUUGUUAACGUUUUGUAUUGCUGUGGCACAAUGCAAGUGGACAGAGCGACAUAGUGUGAGGAAAUUUCCGGAAGGUUUCCUCUUUGGAACGGCGACUGCAUCCUAUCAAGUGGAGGGAGCUUGGAAUAUAGAUGGCAAAUCAGAAAAUAUCUGGGAUCAUUUGACACACACAAAACCAUGUGUAAUAGCAGAUUGUUCAAAUGGCGACAUUGCCGACGACUCCUACCACUUGUACAAAAGGGAUGUUGAAAUGAUGAGAGAACUAGGUUUGGACUACUAUAGAUUUUCCCUUUCUUGGACUAGAAUACUACCCACCAGCUUCCCCGAUGUUAUCAACCAGGCUGGCAUCGACUAUUAUAAUAAUUUGAUCAACGAACUAUUAAAACACAAUAUUGAACCUAUGAUUACGAUUAACCAUUGGGAUCUGCCUCAAAAGCUGCAAACAUUAGGAGGUUGGGCGAACCCUAAUAUAGUUGAUUGGUUUGCUGAUUUUGCUAGGGUAGCCUUCGAACAUUUCGGAGAUAGAGUGAAGUAUUGGAUCACAAUAAACGAGCCCUACCAGAUAUGUAAUGAUGGAUACGGCGAUGACGGCUUGGCGCCGAUGUUAAACAUGAAAGGUGUAGCAGAGUACAUGUGUUCAAAGAAUUUGUUGAUGGCUCAUGCAACAGCCUAUCAUAUUUAUGAUAAAGAAUAUAGAGACAAAUGGAAUGGCAUCGUUUUUGUAGGAUUUAGUGCUCAGUGGUAUGAGCCUGAAAGUGAAGAACAUGAACAGGCCGCUAAUGAUGCUAAUGAUUUCAUGUGGGCUCAGUACGUGCAUCCUAUAUUCUCUGAAACCGGAGGGUACCCACAGGUUAUGAAAGAUAGGAUUGCUGCUAAAAGCGCUCAGCAGGGCUAUCCUAGGAGCCGGCUCAUUGAUUUUACCCCAGAAGAAAUCGAGUUCGUUAAGGGAAGCGCUGAUGCAUUUGGUCUUAACCAUUACUUAACUCUUAUGGUAUACAGAAAUGAAUCCGUUGAUACUAUGUAUGAUUCACCUUCAUUUCACGAUGAUGCUGGUGCCGCCCAGUACACUUUACCGGAACUGCAGAUUGGAGAGUCUCAAAAAGUAGUAGCCACUCCAUGGGGCUUUUACAAGCUUUUGACUGCUAUACGAGAAAGAUAUGGAAAUCCACCCAUAUAUAUUACGGAGAAUGGUUUAGGUACCAGUACUGGUCUGGAAGAUGAUCACCGAGUUUAUUAUUACCGGGAAUAUCUGUCAGCUAUGUUAGACGCCAUGGAGGAAGGGUCGGAUGUCAGAGCAUACACAGCCUGGAGUUUGCUGGAUAACUUCGAAUGGAAAUCAGGUUAUACGAAAAGAUUUGGUCUGUACGAGGUGGAUUACAAUAGUCCAGACCGCACACGCACUCCAAGAAAAUCCGCGUAUGUUUACAAAGAGAUACUUCGUACGCGCAGUUUGGACCAUCACUAUGAACCCGAUAUGUCGGCCCCACUUACUAUUGACGAGGGUCAUUAAACAUUAAAAAUUAAUAUUA